AUGAAGGUCGCCAUCGUCGGCGGCGGGAUCACUGGCGCGUCUGCAGCUUCCAGCCUGGCAGGCUAUGGCAUUGAGGUCACCGUCUUUGACCAAGGCGGCCGUGGGCCUGGCGGGCGGGCGUCCCACCGGCGGGUCGAUGCGGCGUCGGGCACGGUCGGCCCUGACGAUUCGUUGCUCGCGCCCGAGGACGACUCGACGUACGAGUUUGACCACGGCUGCCAGUUCUUUCGAGCGGACUCGCCGCAGAUGCGUGCGAUCACCGAGCGGUGGGUGGAGGCGGGCUGGGCGAGCCGCUGGGAGGGGCGGUUUGGUCGCCUUGGCCGCGGCGCCGACAGCCGCGGCUCCAACGACUUUGCUGCGGCGCCCGACUUCUUUGGCGUGCCUGGGAGUGAGGGCCCGGUGUACACGGGCGUCGGUGGGAUGCACCGGCUGCCCCGCGCCAUCCUCGCCGCGUCGGGCGCCUCUGUGCGGCGCGGCGUCCGUGUGUCUUCCGUGGCGCCUGCGGCGGGAGGCGGGUGGGCGCUGCGUGGCACCGGCGGGCUGGCUGCGCUGCACGACACCGCCAACUCGAUCGCCGACGGCGUCGACGACGCGCCGCUCGGGGUCUUCGACGCGGUGCUGCUCACGGACGCGUCUCAGUCGCUCGGCGGCUGGCACCGCGCCUCUGCGGGGCUGGCUGCCGGCACGGGCAGCGCGGAGGCGGUCGGGCGCGUGCGGCACCGCGUGCGGGUGCCGCUCUUCUCCGCCAUCGUCGCGCUCUCGCACCCGAUCGGCGAAGCGGUCGGACUCGACGCCUUCACCGUCAGCGGAGGCGGCUCUCCCCUCUGGUUCGCGGCGAGGUCGCAGUCCAAGCCGGGCGUGCCACGCGGGGCGGCAGAGUGCUGGACCCUGGUCUCGACGGCGGACUACGCGGUCCGACAGAUACAGGAGACGCCGAUGCAGUCGCCCUCGGGCGCGUUUCGGCCGCAGGAGGACUCGUACCUCCUCUCCGAGCCCGGGCCGGCCCUCUUCGACGCCCUCCUCGCCGCCGUCGCCCCCCGCCUCGCCGCAGCAAGUGUCCCGCUACCCGCAGCCGUCUACAUGCACGCGCAGCGGUGGGGCUCCGCCCUACCCUCUCCCGCCUCCGUCUUUGGACGCGACGCGGACGGCGCGCACAAGCCGCUCGGCUCGGCCGCCUCCGAGGCGGUGGAGGUGUGCGGGAUCCGAUACGCGCCCCGGCUGCCCCCGCUGGUGUACGACCCUCCCGCGCGGACGAUCGGGCAAGGGCCGGCCGAGGAGCUCCGUGCCAUCGAGGGCGUCGAUGACGGCGGGAGUCCAGACGCCGACGCCGCCGACGCGAUUGAGACGCCGAUCCUCCUCCUCGGAGGCGGGCAGAGCGGUCGCGCGCUCGCCUGCACGACGCCCUGCGGCGCGGAGCACGCGGCGUGGGCGGGCCACACGGUGCUGCUCGUCGACCGUACCAAUUGCGGCUCGAGUGACGUGGCGUACCGCGGCGGCGCAGAAGGCUUCUACGCGGAGCGGGCCGCGGCCAACGAGCGGGUCGCCGAAACGCUGCGAGCCAUGCCGCCGCCCGCCUUCCUCGCAGCGAUGGAGGCGUCCGCCCGCCUCCUCUCCGACAGCCGCGCCGAGCCUGCGCUCGGCCUCCCGGCGGCGGACCUCCGCCGGCUGGGGAACACGCUCCCGAUCUUUGUGUGGCUGCCCGCCCUGGCCGCGUUUGUCGGGCGGGUCUCGGCCGAGGUGCUAGCGGCGUGA